AUGUGUUAAUCAACAAAAGAAGGUAAUACUAAUAAUUUAAUAGUAACAGAUGAAGAAGUGACUCAAAAUGGUUGUUAAGCAUUCUUGAAAGAUAAGGAGAAAAAUCUUUUUGUAUUUUUGAAACAGAAAAUAAUUUUUUGUGCUCGAUUAUUACCAAAAAUUCGAAGUGGUUUAGGUGAACUGUCUUAUUAAUGUUUUGAAAAUUGUUAAUUCAGCCCUUUAAAAUAUUAAAAUGUUUUUUGGUAUGCUACAACAUCAAAAUGUAUAGAUGGAAAUAUAUGUGUAAACAUAGAUCAGACUAACAUUGUUGAUUGCACUAAUGCUAUAAGAAAUUUAUAAUUAAUUCUGAUCUAAUGA